GAUCUCCCAGGUGGCGCUUCCAUUCCACUUCCUUAGCGAGAUGUACACAUUCCUUCCACCACUGAAUAAGAAAUUAAGUCAACUGCAGUAAAAUGAUGUUUAAAGUAAAAAUUCUUGUAGUUGGACCUUGCGAGAGUGGUAAAACUGUGUUAUCGAACUUUUUGGCAGAUGCAACAGAUACUUCGAGUGGGGAAUACCAUCCAACACAGGGAUGCAGAAUUUUAGAAUUUGAAACAAACAACUUCAACAGUCGACAGAACAUAGAAGUGGAGUUAUGGGAUGUCAGUGGUGACAAAAAAUUUGAGUCAUGUUGGCCAGCAAUAGCAAAGGAUACCAAUGGAGUUUUAUUUGUAUAUAACCCUGAUCAGUCAAAUCAUGGACAAGAUUUAGCAAAAUGGCAUGAGUGUUUUGUACAGAAUCAGGGUUUAAAAGACAGUCAAUGUGCUGUAUUUGCACAUCACAAACCUGGUGCCUCCGACAGAGAGCGCACAGAACUCUCUGGAUCAUUUAGCAAUUUAUCAGUAGUACAGACAAACAUAGAAGAAGAUGGGGAAGCUGUUAGAGACAGUUUUAAUAAGUUUUUAUCUGGUUUACAAGGAAUUAUGUCAACUAACCGAGAGCAAGAGGAACUUAGCAUAAUGAAUCAAAGAUAGUUUUUCAUUUGUUUAUUUUAUAUGUAAUUAAUGUAUUAAAUGUUAUUUGUCUAAACAA